AUGCUUGGAACGGCAGCUGCAGGGGUGACCUCUGUCAAAAAGGUUGUGAGCCAGCCUAGGGAUUGUGUUAGCUCUAUCCAGCAAUUAGGUUACUGGCAACGGGGUAUUAUCAUUGAAAGUUUACCUGAUGAUGUCCAUGACGAGAUUGUCGGUUCCCAUCCAGGCAUGUCGGGCCACUCAGACAUGAUUGGAGUUGCAGAUGCACUUGAUUCCGCCAAAGCGCUUGUUGCAGACGCUUCCUCAGAGGGCGCGCUUGAAACAAUAGUGGAUGUGGUGGCGGAUGGCCCGUAUCCCGUUGUGACUGAGGUUGAAGAGGUUGCAUUUGUCCUGACCUCGGAGCCGUUUGGAGGUGGGGUAGACGCUGUAAGAGUCGCCGAAGUUGAGGCUGGGAAUGUUAUAGAACGGGUCGUCGCCAGGGUAGCCGACGAAUUAUUCGUCACACUCAAGGCAGAGGACAUGUUUGCUUCAAGGGAAGCAGACGGAAGCAGAGUCGCAGUCGGCGGCGCACUUGUAACAAAUGUGGUAGUGUUACACGUCGUUGUGAAGUUGAUCCAAGAGCCGGUUGGGGCGGCCGUUUGGUUGGGGAAGCUGCCGCCGGUAACAAGACCAGAUGUAGUGUCACACGAGGUGCUAGUCACUGCAGUACCAAAUGUGCCGCCAGUCGGGAUCGCGGUCAAAGUCAUAUUCGAAAGCGGGAAUGGAGUACUGGACGUAGCCGUUCUGCUUGUCGAACCAGCGAGAGCUGUUGAGCUGGAUACACUAGGGAAAAGGGGAGACGGGCUCGAAGCUGUGGGCCAAGCAGCACUAGUCAAGUUUGAAAUAGGAUACAGAGGGGAGAUUGUCGGAGCCGCGGUAGCAGCUGGUCCAGUGGGACCGCCGUUUGCGGUGGCGUUGGUCAAUGGGUAUGGCGGCGUUGAGGUUGGGAGGGCUGCCGUGCCGUUCACCAGGCAAGGCCCGAUCAUCAUGCCGCCAGUACACACGGGUAGCGAUGUUGGAGAGGCCAAUUGGGUCGUGACACAUGGGCCGAUCAUCAUGUCGCCCGUGCAUAUGGUGGCCGGUUGCGGAUACGGGGUUGACGACGCUGCAAGGCAUGGUCCAGUCAUGAUGCCUCCGGUACAGAUCGGAAGUAAAGUAGCAUUCGAGGUCGUGUUGGGCCAAGAAGAGCUGGUGGGCAGCGCAAGGCAAGGCCCAGACAUGGGUCCUCCCGUGCAGGUAGGAAGAGAUGCGCUCAUUGCAUCCGUCAAGGAAACCUCGGUGACCGGGCUAGUGGGAGUGGUCGGUAUCGCAGUGCCAUUGCAUGGGUUUCCCAUUACGCCUCCUGUGCACACAGGCAUGGAGGCGCUCCACGCAUCCGUCAAUGAGGUCUCAACGACCGAAUUAGUUGUCGUAGUUGGUGCCGCGGUGCCAUUGCACGGUCCUACCAUAGCACCUCCGCUGCAGAAGGGGAGAGAAGUAUUCCAGGAAUUCGUCAAGGGUACAUCGCUAAAGGAUGUUGCUGAUGUAGUUGGCGGUGGCCAAGUCGCGCCAAUGCAAGGCCCCGACAUCGAGCCCCCGGUGCAUAAUGGGAGCGAUGCACUCAUUGCAUCCGUCAGAGACGUCUCGUACACAGAACUGGAAUCGGUCGUUGUGGUUGCGGGCAGCGAGCCACUCAAAGCGUCGACAUCUCACCACCCGUGCAAAUUGGAAGCGAUGUUGCAGAUGGGGAGCGGCACCGAGGUGUUCGACGCCGGAAGCGUCGAGUUGAAUGUUGUGGUCAAGUUCGACGUCCCAGUUGCGGCAGUGACACAAGCCCCAGUCAUGCUGCCACUGCCGCAGAGGCUGCCCGUUGGACCGACCCCAGGAAGAGUCGAGUUGGUCCAGGGGAAGGGGGGUGUAGACGUGGGUGUCUGUGAAGCUCCCAUCGAGCAGGGACCUGUCAUAGAGCCCGCCGAGCAGAGAGAGGGUAUCACAGUCGUUGACGUAGAGUUGUAUUCAGAGGACGAGAAGUUUGAAGAGGGAGGCGAAGGGGAAGAUAGACGGGAGGUGGUCCCGUUUGUCGGGAGUGCUGAUGCAGCUGUGGUGUCCAACGGGAGGGUUGACAUGCCGAAGGUCUCAGUGCCCGUGGGACCGACUGGGAUUCCCGUGGAGUUGGAAAGAGGGAACGGCGCCGCGGUGGACACAGCAGACUUGGAUGAGGGCGGGCUGGAGAUGCCUGUGCCCUUAGUGGACCAAGUCGCUGUCUCUGUUGCAUUAAGAGUCGGAAAAGAUGAGAGGGGUUGA